GUCGCGAUACUAUAUGAACGCUGAUUUUACAAUGAAGUCGAGUAUCAUCGCGACAAAAUCCUGUGGUGCGUGGACUUGCGUCUUCGUAACCUUAGUGGUCCUUCAAAUUUUUGGAUUAACAUAUUCAAUGCCCUUCGGUAACGGUCAACAAACAAUUCGACUCUGUUCUAGGAGUCUUAGUGAUGCGCUUUAUCUUAUUUGUCAAGGUAGAGGAUAUAAUAGUCCAUUUUCAUAUAGUAGCGAAGAUGAUACAAGAACAACAAGCACAAAUGGUCCUGGUCUCGUUGAUGAGUGUUGUUUACAAUCAUGCAAUAUUAAACAACUUGAAUUAUAUUGUAAACCACCGAGCGAUGAUAGUACAUCCCAGGAUGGCAUGGAUGAAUCAGUGAGAAUAGUGAAUCUUCCUGAUUCUUCAGAGACAAAACCCACAGAAGAUAUUGCAAGAGGAACGUUAAAACAUUCUCGAUAAAUUGAUCGUUUCAAAAAAACGAAAAUUUCAAGUGGGUACUACGUCACCGGAGCCGAGUAAUAACAUUGUGAUAUUUCCAUUAAGAACUUACUAUGGCUUGGAAAAGUCACAAUAUGUUUCUGACUACCUAAAAGAAUCUAAUCGAAAAAAGUUGUCACUUACGAAAAUUCCAUUGGAUCCUUAUGUUCUUAACAAGAAAUAAUUAUAAACAUCCAAGUUUUUCAUGAAGAUUUCAAUUUUUUUGACAAUGGUUCAUCUCUAGACUCUACCCUAAUUUUUACGUGUAAAUCAAGAAGAUGAUAAAAAUGUGAAAAUUGUAUACUUAAGUUUAAAAAAGUGCUGUGAAUCAUUCAAUUAAAAAAAAAAAAAACAUUAGACUUUGGCGCAGAAAUAAGUGAGUUUUAUCACUUCAAACAUAUUAAUAAUGAGAGCUUUGUCUGUGUCAAAGAUUCUGAAUAAUUCAUCUAAAAUAAAUUUCAAUCAUUAUCAUCUACUAUAUAAGUAAGUGUGAAUGAGUGAUUGUACAAAGAGUUUUAAAAACUAAACCGAAAGUUGAUUACAGAAACAACUAUAAGUAGAAUAAUAUAUAUAUAUUUUUUUUUAUUCCAUUAACAGUAAAAAGAAAUUCUAGAGGAAGAACCAUUUUUUAAAAAUUAAAAUUAAUUAAGACGGAAAACUGCUAUGACAAAUUUUGGAGUAUAAAAAUGAAUUAUAAAUAGAAACUUCAAAAUUUGUUCACCACUAGUUUUUUUCUAUCUAAAACCACAAUUUUGAAAUAUCGAAUUUUAUUAACGUCAAUCUAGUUUUUUAGCCAGUUUCUUUAUAUUAUUUUUUUUAAGAUAUCUAAGAAUCUGAUAUAUAAGAUAACUUAAGUAAACUUCAUUAUGCUUCCUGAUAAUAUUAUUAACUAUAAAUUCAAUAAGUUACAAUAGUCUUAAUGUAAAAAAAUGGUUCUUUUAAAUAAGAUAAAUAAACUUGGUUUAAAGAACGUAAAAUUCAAAUAAUUACACAGAAUGGUCACAAUUUCAAGAUUUAAUAUCUGAAUCAUUUUUUUUUUAACAGUUGAAAAUGAUUUAACUGUAAAUUUAUACUUGUUAUUUCUGUGAUACCUUUUCGGGCGAAAAGAGACUUUGAUUUGAAUAAGUAUUUCGAACGCAAAAGAAUGUUGUUUGUAAUAUGCGUUCAUCUGUGACUUUCUUAACAAAUCGCUUUAAUGACCAAUGAUCUCAUUAGUUUAAACUUAUAAAAUAAUAUUGUACAUUAUUGUUUUUUUUCUAGUUAUUAAUCUCUACAAAAAUAUUGUAUAAUAAAAAAAAAUCGACAAAUCUCGAUAGCCUAUGCUUCUUGUUGUCGAGAUACUGAAAAAGGAAGCAAUAUAAAAUAAAUAAUGAAUCUUAUAUAUAUA